AUGCAGUGGAAUAGGAAUUUCUGCGGGCUCGCCUUUAGCUUCUUUUUUGUUGUAUCGUAUUUCACGAAUAAGUUUGUCCUGUCGGUGAUGAAAUUCACCUAUCCGACCUUAUUCCAAGGAUGGCAGACAUUUAUCGGCGCGCUAUUGCUCCUGCUUUCUGGAAAGCUGGGUUGGGUGGAAAUGAGCCGCAUCUCCAGAUCAGCUGCCUUUGCCUGGCUUCCAGGCUCCCUCCUGUUUGUCGGGAACAUUUAUGCAGGCUCCAGAGCACUAUCACUUCUCGAAAUUCCUUUCUUUUUCACUCUACAGAAUUCAUCGCAUGUUGUGAGCUAUGCCAUCUCAAAGGCUGUUCAUAGGGAGAAAAUUGAGUGGGUGAAAUUCAUCAGCAUUUGUCUCAUGCUGAUUUCAGCCAUCAAACUUCCUGCCUAUGAUCCCCAGUUUGACUUCACCGGUUACAUGUGGGCCAUUGCUCAUCUAUUCUGUGUUGGGGCAUACCGAGUGUUUCAAGUCCACUAUAAAUCCAGUAAUUUGAGCGACAUUGAACAACAAUGCGUUAACUACUUGUUCAGCGUUCUGCUUCUCGGAAUGGCUGCUCAUCCAUCAGGUGACCUCACAAGUGCCUUGGAGUUCCCUUCGCUUCAGUCGUACUACUUCCGCGGGGGCUGCUGUGCCAGUGCCUUACUGGGCUUUUUGCUGCUUUUGGCCACAGUCAAACUAAAAAGUGGAUUAUCCCUUCAGCACUUUGCAGUGUGGAUUUUUAUGUCCAAGGUCACUGCCAUGUUCCUGUCACCUCUUAUUUUCUAUAUGGACAUGAACACGCCGUCGAUGAUAUGUAUGGGAGUCAGUCACGUGAGCGAGGCUGUGCUGGUAUAUUCUGAGAGAGAAACACAGUGA